CAUAUAUAUUUCCCUCGACAUCCCUGACCAACAGCGUAGUAGAUCACACAGAUCAACAACGGCACCAUGCCAGACAACCUCCACAACCACGACCCCAUGUUCCCAACCCACGAAGGCCGCUCCGACGACCGCCGCAUCAGAGGCUACGACCCCGUCGUUCCACCCGGCCUGAUCCAAGCUGAACUUCCUCUCUCUGAAGAGGGGGAACGCAAGAUUUUGGGGUAUAGGCAGGCGGCGGAGAGGAUUUUGGGGUUGGAGGAUGAUAGGUUGUUGGUUAUCGUUGGACCGUGUUCAUUGCAUGAUCCCAAAUCAGCAAUCGAAUACGCCGAACGCCUCGUCAAAAUCCGUGAAGAGCUGAAGGAGGAUUUGGAGAUCGUCAUGAGGUGUUACCUCGAGAAACCGCGUACGACGGUCGGUUGGAAAGGGUUAAUCAACGACCCUGAUAUCGAUGGGUCAUUCAAGAUCAACAAAGGGUUAAGGGUGUCGCGUGGGUUGUAUUUGCAAAUAACUUCCAUCGGCCUCCCCAUAGCCUCCGAAAUGCUCGACACAAUCUCCCCCCAAUACCUCGCAGACCUCGUCUCCUGGGGCGCAAUCGGCGCCCGCACAACCGAAUCCCAACUCCACCGCGAACUAACCUCCGGCCUCUCCUUCCCCGUUGGCUUCAAGAAUGCGACGGAUGGGAGUGUGGGGAUUGCGGUUGAUGCGAUUAUGGCGGCGGGUGGGAAGCAUCGGUUUUUGAGUGUGACGAAACAGGGGGUUGUUGCUAUUGUCUGGACGGAGGGGAACGAGUCUACACACGUCAUCUUACGUGGUGGACGUGGCGGAACAAACUAUGGGGAGGAGGACGUGAGGGGGGUGAAGGAGCAGCUGAGGAAGGCGGGGUUGAGGGAGACGAUCAUGAUCGACUGCUCCCACGGUAACUCCCUCAAGAAGCCUGCCAACCAACCUGCCGUCGCAUCCUCAAUCGCCACGCAACUCGCAUCAGGCGAACGAGCAAUCACCGGCGUUAUGGUCGAAUCGCACCUCGUGAGCGGAAGACAAGAUGUUCCUGAACCAAAUAUCGAAAAAGGAGAGAGGGUUGGAGAUGGCAAGGUGUUGGAGAGGAUUAGGUAUGGGCAGAGUAUCACGGAUGGAUGUUUGGGAUGGGAGGAGACGGUUGAGUCACUAAGGGAACUGGCGGAGGGGGUUAGGAGGAGGAGGGCGUGUUUGGGGGGGAUUCAGAAUGGGGCGUAGAUGGGCGUGAUGGGAUUGUAUCGGGUGAUUGUGCUGGGAUUAAGUUGGAAGCGGGACGAGGAAUGGGGAACGGGCUAGGGAAUGGUUCUAUGAAGGAGAAAAAAAAGCCGUUAGGGUGGUGUGUUAUUAUGGGAUUAU